AUUCAUAUUCUCCUUCCACUGCUCAACCAGAAUCUCUUACAGCUGGGAAACAAAAAAAAAAAAAAAAAAAAAAAGAUUUUCUCCUGGAAAUGAAUCAGAAGACACACCAUCAUUCGGUAGCCAGCAUAUAAUUCAACUGAGCUAGGUAUUUAAAAAACCUCCAAAAUCUAACAUAUAAACAUUAAGGGGAGACGACAUUCUUCCGAAAAGCUAGCACGAGAGAGGAUCCAGACUGUGUUGAUGCUUACAGCUUAAAUAUGCAGUAGGAAGGACCAAUGAGCUGGAGCUGAAGAUUACAGAGAGAAGUUACAAGCAGUUUGUUAAAUAAAUAUUACAAAGCUGCUCGUUCUACUAAAGACUUGGGAAAAUGCAUUUACAAACAAGCAUCCUUUUGCUCCUGGUUUUUCCAAAUUUUGUAUACACAUCAGGCUAUUUUCCAGAAAGGCAUGCAAAGCAAUCCAGCAUGAAAGGACCACCACCUUUCCUUCCAUUUAAUACAAAAAGUCAAGUCAUUCCAAAAGUACCAGAGCAGGGCCCUCCAGGACCCCCAGGGCCUGCUGGUCCAAGAGGGCUGCCUGGACCCCCAGGGCCUCAAGGAAAGCCAGGCUAUGGUAUCCCAGGUCAACAAGGCGCACAAGGAGUGCCAGGACCACCAGGAUAUUCAUCUAUCGGAAAACAAGGUUUUCCAGGCAUACCAGGAAAGCAAGGAGAACGUGGAAAACCAGGAGAAAAGGGGGACAUUGGGCCAAUUGGACUCCCUGGUCUAAGAGGGCAGCAGGGGCCCCCAGGAAUCCCAGGUCCGGCUGGAAUUUCUACAGCUGGAAUCCCUGGUCCACAGGGGGCUGUGGGGCCAUCAGGGCCAAACGGCAUUCCUGGGUUAAAGGGUGAACCUGGUAUUCCUGGCAUCAAUGGACUCAAGGGACAAAAUGGUUAUGGAGUUUCCGGUCACCCAGGAGAAAGGGGACUUCCUGGAUUAUCAGGACCACCAGGGCCUCAAGGUCUUCCUGGAAUAGGUAGACCUGGGUUAAAUGGGCUUCCUGGGCAGCCAGGGAAAGUAGGUGAUCAAGGCUUGCCAGGUGAACAAGGACCACAGGGUCUUCCAGGUCCCCAGGGCCCUUCUGGACAACCAGGACCACCAGGAGUUGGAAAGCCAGGCUUUAAUGGUAUCCCUGGAAUGAUUGGCCCACCAGGACCCAAAGGACAACCAGGACUUCCAGGAAUGCCAGGCCCUCAAGGCUUGCAGGGAUAUGGGAAGCCAGGAAUGCCAGGCUUUAAGGGGGAAAAGGGACUUGACGGAACACCUGGUAUUCCUGGAUUAAAAGGAGAACAAGGUUCUGAUGGUUAUCCAGGGCCGCCAGGGCUACCUGGCCAGCUAGGCAUUCAAGGUGUACAAGGACCUAGAGGGAUACCAGGAGAAGCUGGUCUGUCUGGGCAUAAAGGUGAUGCUGGACUAAAGGGUUCUGCAGGCAUUCCGGGACCUAUAGGCGAAAGAGGUAUACCUGGAUUAGAUGGAAAGCCAGGAUAUCCAGGUGAACCAGGUCUUGCUGGCCCCAAGGGUCAUCUAGGCACACCUGGUCAAAAAGGAGAGAAAGGCAUUACUGGGCCACCUGGUCUGCCAGGAAUUGCUGGUCCUAUAGGACCUCGAGGAGAAGCAGGCUACACUGGCGAACAAGGAACUAGAGGAGCCUCAGGCAUACCAGGUAUGAGGGGGCCAACAGGACCUCCAGGUAUACCAGGUCUUCCAGGUCAAAAGGGGGAACAAGGGGCCCCAGGUUUACCAGGCGCAGCUGGCAUUGCAGUAAAGGGAAUGCAAGGACCAAUGGGCCACCCUGGAAUUCCAGGCCAAAGAGGAAUUAAUGGGGAGCCAGGUGUACCUGGGCCACCAGGUCCACCUGGUCAGCCUGGCCAGGUUAUAAUGCCACAUUACAUGCCAGAUGGGUAUGCAAAAUCAGGUCAAGUUCAGAGUCUUAGAGAGGUUCAGGUAUCAGCCUUUACUGCUAUUCUAACUAAAGCAUAUCCAUCAGUGGGAAUACCCAUAAAAUUUGACAGAAUUCUGUACAACAAACAAAAUCAUUAUGACUCUAGAACUGGAAUAUUUACAUGUCGAUUAUCAGGACUUUAUUAUUUUUCCUACCAUGUACAUGUCAAAGGCACAAAUCUUUGGAUUGCAUUGUACAAAAAUGGCAAUCCAAUAAUGUACACUUAUGAUGAAUAUAAGAAAGGAUACCUUGACCAAGCAUCAGGCAGUGCCGUUAUAGACUUAGCGGAGAAUGAUCAAGUGUGGCUUCAGAUACCAAAUGCAGAGUCCAAUGGUUUAUAUUCAUCAGACUAUAUACAUUCAUCUUUCUCAGGGUUUUUGUUCGGUUUAACAUGAUAACACAACAUGUAAUCAAAUUUGUAUGCUUAUAUUUGUGUAGAUUUUUUUAACUGAAAAAAAAAAACUUUGUUUUUAAAAUUCAUUGUAUUUAGUUUUUAGUUGCAUGCAUUUUAGGACUACUUGAACUCUUGAAUUCUUACAGCUGUUUUCAGAGGGGCAAAAUUUUAAAUGUUUACUUUAUUUCAUUUAACUGUUCAGUAUAAUAAUGUUGGGGUGUGUUUUCUUGUAAGACUGUGGGGGCUGAUUUAGUAAAUAGACCAAAUUUAUAUCAGUGCAGUUGCUUAAAUCAAUCAAAAAAUUUUAUUUUUUUUCUGGCUUGCCAUAGACAGAUCAAAAUAAAUUACUGCUAUGGUGUUAAUGGUAGCUGCCGAGUGCAAUAUAACAUCUUUAAUACAGAAUUCGAAAAUUUAACAAAUUAAUUUGGCUAAUGGGAGCUUUUUCUACGAUACACUAAAAGAAUAGAAUAGAAUACACUUAAAAUAUCCUCUUACAAUUGCAGAACUACAAAACAUUAACAGUAUACACUUUUCCCCUUUUUGUUGCUUUCAAUAAUAUUGGCAAACAUAACCAUUUUUAUUCUACCUUUCCCUCAUUUAUGUUUGAGGACCUGCAAUACCUGCAUGAAACAUGCUUGUCAAGAGGUGUCAACAUUCACCACAUCAGUUUAAUGUUUAAUGGUAGCCAGCAAGACCCUUUAAAACAAACAAAAAGAAUCCAGGCAGACAGUUGAAUUUCUUUAGCUUAGGGAACCCAGGAAAUUUCCAAGCUACUAAACAUUGUUAAUUAAAAUUGCCAUUCUAACUGCCCCAAAAUGAUAAACAUGGAAAACCAGUUCAGUAAGUUUUUACCAGGUUGGUUGACAAUCAGCUCCAGCCUGGUGCAUUUUGUAAUAAUUUCUAAAUGACCACCAUGAUCAUGUAAUAUCAGUGGUUAACAGUCAGUCAAUACUGACAACACUGGCAAGUUACACUAGCUGCACCUCUUCAUUAUCUCAUAUGUCAGGGUGCUCAGUCACAUCAUUUAGAGACCCACUCCCUUGCAGCCAGCUCUACUGUACAUAACUUAAGUAUGAAGAAUUGUUUCAAGUGUACAACAAAAUUACUAUAAGCCUACAAAUAUUACUGAUUAGUUAAAGGAAAACAAAUGUGAAAAACCCUAAAUGUUUUUUCAGUUAAAAAUAUACAACAUUUUACUUAAAAAUGCGCAUAUGUUACUAUUUAUUUUUACUGUAAACAGUUUUAUUGUAACUGAAUAUUUUAAAAGGAGCUGUCAUGCCAAAAACUAUAAGCCAUAUUAUAUUAUAUAUAUAUAUAUAUA